UCGGAGCUUAAACUCUACCUCCCUCUCCUACUACCCACCACCAGCGAACCACAUCGUGGCCGUUCAGGAUCACGUUUCUCGUGUUGUCCAUGAGCCCCCCCUGCCGGCAACCCCGCUAACAGGUCACCAGCUGCAUAAGAGAAGCUAGGAAGUAACCCGCCCGUGGCUGUAACAUCCGAGACCCUCCGUUCGAAAUCUUUUGUCAAACCAACGCUGGCCUGUCGUCUACCUGACGGGUUCUCCGACUUCUCGACAACAUGUCCGGCGAAAUGGCGAACGAGGUCAAACUCAUCAGCGGAAGGAGCCACCCCGAGCUCAGCGAGAAGGUUGCGAAGCGACUCGGAAUCGAGGUCGCUAGGACCAUCUCUCUCAACUACUCGAACCAAGAAACCUCCUUCACCGUCGGCGAGUCGGUCCGCGACGAAGAUGUCUUCAUUAUCCAGUCUACCACCACCGGCGACGUCAACGAGGGCUUGAUGGAGCUCCUCAUCGCCAUCUCGGCCUGCAGAACCGCCAGUGCACGGAGGAUAACGGCAGUCAUUCCCAAUUUCCCCUAUGCUCGCCAGGACAAGAAGGAUAAGUCCCGCGCUCCUAUCAGCGCCAGACUUGUCGCCAACAUGUUGCAGACCGCUGGUGCCAACCACAUUGUCACCGUUGAUCUUCAUGCUUCUCAGAUCCAAGGCUUCUUCAGCGUUCCCGUCGACAACCUGUAUGCGGAGCCUUCUUUCCUUCGCUACAUCCGCGAGAACUACAAGCCUGAGGACUGCGUGAUCGUCUCCCCCGAUGCCGGUGGUGCCAAGCGUGCUACCUCCAUCGCAGACCACCUCAACACCGGCUUCGCUCUUAUCCAUAAGGAGCGCCCCCGCCCCAACGUUGUUGGUCGUAUGGUUCUCGUCGGUAAUGUCGAGGACAAGAUCGCCAUCCUUGUCGAUGAUAUGGCCGACACUUGCGGCACUCUCGUCAAGGCUGCCUCCGUCCUCAAGGAGAACGGCGCCAAGGCCGUACUCGCUCUCGUCACUCACGGCAUUCUUUCCGGUAACGCCAUUGAGAACCUUAACGGCAGUGUCCUCGAGGCGCUUAUCUGCACCAACACCGUCCCGCUCGGUGACAAGAUUGAAAGGUGCCCCAAGAUCCGCGUCAUCGACAUCUCCCCGACCAUCGCCGAGGCCAUCCGCCGCACGCACAACGGCGAGUCGGUGUCUUAUCUUUUCAACCACGCCCCUGUCUAAAUUCAGAUAGUCGGGUCUUAUUUAU